UAACAGCAAUGGAGAAUUAGCAAAUAAAAUUCAAUUCUCAUCCAUUUAUAUAAGAAAAUGAGACCAGUAUCUUUGCCCUAAAUGAGUUGUUGACAAAAACGCAAUGCAUAGUAAGUUAGAGUAGAGUACAGGGAAACGUGAUCCGUUGGGAAGGGAGUAGAAAGUAAUUGACUCGCAAUCGGAGCAUAUCGAAUGUCUUGAUAGUCUUCCAUUUGUAUUAUUAUAUUAAAACGUGAGACCGUCAAGAUGUCCCCCAAUGAGUUGUUACUAGUCAGUAUUUUAUCACUAUUGAAUACUGCAAUUGAGGGAGCAAAGACUUUUGAAUCUGGCCACAAUGAAUCAAUGAAUAGUCUACCAUCUACCAUGACAAUACCUGAAGAAAACAAACGCAUAAUUUACCAUGAUAUAAAAAAUCAUCUUAAUCACAACACACGAAAUGUAAUUCCAAAAUUACCGAGGCCUUUUCCCUCGAUUCUUCUCAAACCUCCAAACAUCCAAAAACAUGAUCUUUACAGCAUUCAUAAAAAAAUUAUGAAUGACAAUUUAAUGAAAAGUCAUUUUAUGAAAACAAUCCCUUCAGCACAGAAUAAGAAAAAAAAAUACAUAUCAUCUUCAAGUUUUUACAUAAGAGAUCAUACACCUGAUGAACAAUUAGAGAGUUCAGAAAAGCCGAAAGAUGGUAAAGAAGAAGCAAAAACUGCUGAUUCAAAAGAAAAUGGAAGAAUUAAUUUUCACAUUCAUGGUCAUAGAGGCCCCGACACCUAUGUCUUUGGAUACGAUACAGGAAAUGGGCAAUUUCGAUAUGAAGAACGUCAUCAUAAUGGAACAGUAACAGGCCAUUAUGGUUAUUAUGAUUCGAGAGGAAGACUUCGUAAAAUUAAUUACACAUCUCACCCAUUGGCUGGAUAUAAAUCAUUUCCAUUCGCUCAUAAAUAAAGGAAAAAUCGUUUAAAUCUCA